AUGAAGGGGCUUAAUGGAUCAAGUGAAGCGAGAGAAGACGCCAGUCACGACAUGGAGAGCGAGAAGAUGGAACUCCUGAGGCUUAAGCAAGAAAAUAUGAAGCUCACUGGAGAGAUAGUGAUAUUGCGGCAGAACAUGAUUGCAUUGGAAAAGCAGAACUUUGCAAUGAAGGAGCAAAAGAGCCGAGCAGCCUUGGACGAUCUGAGGAGAGCGGAGAAACUAAAGAAGGAGGUAGAUGUCCUCAGGAUUGAGAGCAGAAUAAGAGAGAACCAGUCUAGAGUGUUCAAAAGACACAAGGGGAAUGCGGAAAUAGAUGUGAAGUGGGCACUUGCGAAAUCAGGCUGUGGAAUAGGGUUCUCCCUACUUCCGUUUGAGUUUGGCAGGCUCAAGUUCUUAAAGGACUUCUUCUACUCUGAGUUCUGCCAGCUAGACUCCUCGUCUGUGAUCAGGGAGAUGAGCAAGAAAAUAUCGAGAUUCAAGGAGUUUCUAGACUUCUACAUAUUGUUUAGUUGCAAAGCAGAAGUCUUCAAGGAGUUUUUUUGCAUGGUGCUCAUGAACCCGCUGUUCCCGGAGGAAAAGAUAAAGCUAUUCAAUACCUUGCCGUUGGACUGGCUGCUCAACUUCAACGACGAGGAGGUUAUCUCCCUUGUCAAAGAAUACAUAGAUAAGAACUACAUGAAGAUGGCUUACUUCUUGCUGAGAGUGGCUGAAGAGAGGCCGUUUCUUUUGAAUAUCCUCAUUGGCAAAGAAAUGUUUUCUGAGCUGGCUAGAAUGGACUCGAGAGUCGGGAAGAGGCUUGUAUCUGAGAUAUGCAAGAAGGGGGGCCUGUCUCUCGUUGACCACACAAACAUCCAUUAUAUUUCGCAAGAAAAUCUAAAGGUCCUGUAUAAAGAUCUGUACUUUGAGGUUUAUUUUGACUCUUGGUAG